CGCCCACACCCACACCCACACCCACACGCACACCCACACGCACACCUACACCCACACCCACACCCACACCCACACCCACACCCACACCCACACCCACACCCACACCCCACACCCUCAUACCCUCUUCGGAAAGUGAAUUCAUGUUCGUAGACAAAACGCAGAUCCCAACAGAAUGAUCUGAUUCAUUAUUAUAGGAAAAAUUUUUCGACAAAAAAACUUUUCGUCAGCUUUUGACCGGUUUACACUGUUCAGUCACUGGUAUCAGUUAUAUUUGUAGCCGAAGUGUUCCUAUAGACAAGAAAACGAUUUUAUUCUUCUAUACAAACAAUCAUAUGACCAGAACAACGGCUAUCUACUUAGUAAAUAGUUUGAAAUUAGACCAUGCGUUAAUGUGCUAAAAGUUUUUUGUUUUGUAUUCGAUUACGAUGAGGAAUUCAUAAACGCUUCUAAAUAUUGUAAUUUUUCUGAAAACGAACCACUGUUUUAUCAUUUAUUUAAUGCGCUUCGUUUGUUCUUUGAGCGGUAAUGUCUAUAAAGAUCGAAUGGUAUAGAAACGUAUAGGUUUCUGUACUUAUAGCACACUCCUACUCGGUUGCUAGUGUGUAUGAUUGGGUAUCACUAGUAAGAAAACUUGAUUGAUGUUUUUUCCUAAACUUUUGUCAUCAUAUUUAGCUGCUACCACUACAACGGCUGCAACUACAGUCAGUAAGUAGUUUCAAGAAGAAAUUCAAACAAAGAAUGUUUCAUUUGUUUAUUUUAUUUCAGCGAUUACAUCCAAUACUUGCACAUCAGGAUGGAACAGUAUAACGGUACUUUAUCAUUGUUAUAAUAAUUGUACCGUUCAGAGUUCGUAUGUGCAGUAUACAUACACAUAUGUAGCGAUUGCCAGUACAACACGAAUUACACUUAGUUUGCGUGAAGAUAAUUAUUUUUUUGGCCUUGAUAACAUAACUGUAUAUAACAAUGCAGCACCUAGCACUCAAGUACUUCUCAAUGGGGACUUCGAGACAUGCACUCUCUCGUCAUGGGUCUAUUGCAAUCCAAGCAAUGCAGCUUUUUCCGGUCAAGUGCAAACGACCAGCUUCAGUUCUAAUGGUCAAACGUAUUCAGCUUACUCUGGAUCGUGUUUCUAUCUGGAUGGAGCUGUAGGCGCUCCGGAUUAUCUUAGCCAAACAUUUGCGACCAUAGUUGGCAACACAUAUACUAUAUCCUUUUGGUUAUACAAUCCAAGUGGUGGUACAGGAGUUAGUAUUGAUAUCCUAAUGAGCACCUAA